AUGCUCCUAGCGACGCCACCGACCCCGACUACGAGCAUCGAGGCGUCCAUGGCCAACAGCCCUCGCUCCUGUUGCGCCACAACAACCGCAACAACAGGAGCUACUCCGGACAUGUCGCCAAAAGACGUUGGCAGUGGCGGCAGCAGAAACACGAGUGACGACGAGGACGCGGCAGCGAAAGAAGAAGAGGAGGAGGAGGAGGAAGAAGAGGAGGAGGGUACUACUGUUGCUGCUACUGUAACGUCCGAGUCGGUGGCAGAAGCAGCGCCCAAGAAGCGGCUCGUCCGUCGAGGGGAAGUCAAUUGUCGCUGGCUCUAUAACCAAGUCCAGGCCUCACGGGGUAUGAUCCUCAUUGACACGCGGAGUAAAGUCGAGUACGAACGAGACACGAUUCCGUCGGCACUGUCGGUUCCACCGAUGGAAGGCUGUGCGACCCUGGAGGACGUGGAAAAGCGACUGUUGGACGACCAGCGCUAUUUGUUUUCCAGCAAAAAACGAAAGUUGCGGGAUGUCGUGCUGUUCGGAGAUGCGGUGAAGAAGAUUGUAGCGGACGACGGCCUGGAUGCUCGAAACGGCGCGAGCUGUAGCUGGCUCCGACAGCUGGAACAGUUGAUUAUUGAAGACGGACUUGUGACGAGUGUCAAGCUCAUGUACGACGGUUUCCUGACGUUCAAGUACCGGUACCCGUUUUACACCACGUCGGCACUUAUGGACGAAAUCUCGGGCCAAUUGACGCGGACCAAGAGCGGGACGCACAAUUUGAAUUACCCGAACGAGAUCCUUGAGGGCUUUUUGUUUCUUGGCAAUAUGUGGCACGCUCAGAGCAAGCAGGUGGUAUCCCAUCUCGGGAUUACGCACGUGGUGAACGCGAGUUUAGAUGUAGGCAACACGUUCGAGCGCGAUGGCGUCAAGUACUUGAACGUGACGAUCAAGGACCGUCCAGAAGCAGAUAUUAGCCCGUACUUUGACGCGGCGUACAGGUUCAUCGAGUCGGCUAAGCGGAUGCAACAUGGCCGCGUCCUCGUCCACUGUACGCAAGGCAUUUCGCGCUCGGCGACCCUUGUCAUUAUGUAUUUAAUGCGCGCCAACAACUGGUCGCUGGUCACGGCCGUGAACUUUGCAAUGGCUAGUCGUGGCGUCGUGUAUCCGAACCAAGGGUUUGUCAAGUCCCUCAUGCUGGAAGAAUUUCGCCUGUACAAGGGGAACAGUAUCACGUCGGACGAAGUUGAUACAUUGUUGCAGAACCUGAUUCCAGAUCGACCCGUUCCCCUCCAAUCGCAUUCAAACAAGACCGAGAAUUGCUCGCGAUGCCAGAAAAUGUUUUCGCUCUUGGAGUGGAAGCACAAGUGUAGCUACUGUCGCAAAGCCUUUUGCAGCAAAUGCACCAACACACGACUGGCAAACCCGGAACGUGAAAAGAGUGCUGCUAGUACUGGAGCAGUGGAUGAGCAGCGUCCUCGACGUGUUUGUCAAGUUUGCGUAAGCAGAUUAUGGCAGAUCAACUUGCCGCGGUCACGGAAGGGACUUCAAUCGCGCAUGCAGCAACGUUGCAAGCAUCUGAACGUUAACAGUUUGUCGACGUUCGGGCGCACGGUGUGCAUAUCGUACUUCGAGGGAACGGAGCCGCAGGUGAUCAUGGAUGUGCUGAAAAUUCGCUUCAGUGUCAAAGAAAAUCAAAUCAUUGAUAUCUCGCGAGAAGAUGGCGAGCCCAUAUGCACUGUAGAAGAGAUUGGGGAAUUACCAGACGAGGCUGAGGUGUUUGUCUCGGUGGGAAAAGCUGGUAACAUUCAGGAGUACAGUCAGCGCGGGUCGAGGCAGCAGCUGCAUGGUGUGUCAUCUGCUAAAAAUUACAGCAAUCACCGCCAGCCGCAGCCACGCCAUCAACGAGAGCGCUCGCGUCAGCAAUUUCGACGCGACUUGCAGUCACCUCGAGACCAGUUUUUCCGUGAGCGCAGGUCAUCCGAGGGCAUUGUUGACACACUGCAGCACAUAGAAAACAGCGCUCGUCAUCCAGAUGCACCGCGCACUCGGUCUUUUCAGCUGGAGCCCAGUAAUGUCGAAGCGAGUACGGAGAUGUCCCUUACAAUUGAAGACCCUGAGCUUGCAGAGCGCAAAUUUCGCGAGCUGUGGAACUUGUCGUUUCCUUCGAUGGGUCUUAUUGAGCGAGCGGCAUUGCUUAAAAUCAAGCGCCCAGCGAUUCUCAUGGACGUGAUGCUCGGUAUGAGCAGUCUCUCUUGCGGCGCGCUUACACUCGAGGAGUUCAGCCAGCGCCUGAUCGAGCUCGGGUACGCCGACUCAGAUCGCCAGGCUGUGAUUUCGCUUCUGGAUACGGCACACAGCGCUGACAAGAUGGAUUCCCGACUGAGCCGCAGCUCAGAGACGCUGAAUCUAUACGAGUAG